UCGGUGAUCGUUUACUGCGAAAACAAGUAUUUUUUCCAAAUUUCCAAAUUUAGAAAAAAAAAACCUGAAGCUCUUUAUCGGGUAUUACUAAAGGACGCAUUUACAUAUCUGACGAACUAAAUUUCUUCGUUCCAAUAAGUUUAAAUAGCAAUGGACAACAACCAACAGUUAAAAGAGUGUCCGUAUGAUAAAAUGCACCAGGUGCGGCCAGAAAGGUUUAUAACGCACCUGGUGCGGUGUUGUCGCAGCCAUCCCACAAUUCAGGUGUGUUGUCCGCACAAUGCGGCACACAUUGUAUCGCCUGGUGAGAUGGACGAGCACUUAAAAGGUUGCGACUCGAAGGCGCUAAGCAAGUACAUGAUGGACCAACAAGUGCAGCAAAAGCCUGAGGAGCAACCGUACUUUGGCAAAGGGGAGAACUGGGACGAUGAUCCAGAUGAGGGAACCUACGAUCCCACCAGUCGUUGUGAGCAAGCAUUAAUAAUACGAAAGCCAAUAAACCUUACGUGGGCGCAACGUAAGCAGUUUCGCUUAAGUGAGCGUUCCCGUCACGAGAAACUGGAGAAGGAGAACGAGAAGGAGAAGAAAAAGGUGCUUUCCCAAAAUUAAGUAUGAAACGCCAAUUGGACACACGGAUCGGAUACUAACUCAGGCAAUGCCCAUCCUUUUAGAUGCUGAUACCGGUACCAACUUGGAAAGAAGUCUGACACGAUACACAUUGAAUGGGCUAGAAGACUUUACAUGUGUAGUACACAGACUGCUUACAUCGCGGUUAUGAAGCGAUUAGAUUAGAUUAGCUAUACUGGAAGCUAUAUACAUGACACUUAAUAUUAAUCAAUGCUAUGUUAACCCAAUCACAAUUAGUUUAAUUUCUGGUCACAAGAAACAAAGCACAAUAAAACAAAAUAUUAAACAAUAUAACACAAUAAAACACGAUAUAACGCAAUAUAACACAAU